AUGGAAAAAAAAGAUCGUUUACCGAUUGUAGCAUAUCAACAAUUACCACAAGCAAACGAUGAAUCUAAUUGUCUUUCAGCGUUAGCAUUUGUUGUACCGUCAACAGAUAAUGAUUUAUCAUCUCAGUUACCAUCAGUAUUACCAUCCUCUAGAAAAUCCUCAUUUGAACAACAGCAAAAUAAUAACAGUCAGUUGAAUGAAGAAUAUGCAGUGAUAAAAAAUUCAUCUUUGCAAACUGAAAACGAUGAAUUUUCCUCUGAAAAUAAGAAUGAUAACAGUGUGAAUUUUAACAAUGAAAAUAGGACAAAAGAAGAGCAAAUCAUUCAGAAUAACGAUAGUCAACUACCAUGUGAUCAUAGUAAGACUUCUAUUUCGAGUGAUAUUAACACCAAUGAUCUGACUGAUAAUCAGAAUGAAAUUAAUAACGAUAAUCAUACUCGGUAUGAAACGGAUCAAAAUGUGAAUAGUUCAACUAUAUUGAACGAGCCAACAAACGACAGUGAUAAAACUGAGAAUGUAAAUGUUGAUUCCUUAGCAUCGACUAUCAUUUCUGACUCUGAGUUACCGCAAACAUAUAUGUAUGAUAUUACUGGCGGUGAGAGGGAAGAGCAAGAAAAUAAAUCAAAAACAGACGUUUUACCUCAAACAUCACCUACAAAUACACUCAACGCUAACAUCAAUCGGUCUGAAACAUUGAAAUCAUCAAAACUGCCAAGUAAACUCUAUCAACGACUAUCGUCUUAUAGUAACCAUUAUCAACCACAGUUACCACAGCAGCAAUAUCCUUAUUUUUAUUAUCAAUCUCCUCCAUUGCCGACAACACCAAUGGAUAUCAGGUUCAGUCGCGAACAACAUCCACCUCCACUACCUCUUAUGUUUAUCACGCCAUCAUCUCGAAGUCCGGAUUCAGCUACAACAUUGCCAACAAAUUUACCACCUCGACUUCGACAAACAUCAUACAACGAAGAUGAAAAUGGUAAUAGACCUGAACAACAACAACAAAUAAACGGUGGAAGACCGCGACGUAAUGUUUUGCCAAGAUUCAUCAGUUUUUCACCUCAUCCUCCACAACCGUUGAUGACUGCUACACCUCCAGCUGGGCUACUAUUUCCAUUUCAUCCUGCCUUUCAUCCGAAUCAACCUCUCACUCAUAUUGCCUACAACAUCAGUUCACCGCCGAUAAAUGCUUUAAGGUCAUAUGGUUCCGAUGAUUAUUUACAGUAUCAUAUGCAACCAUCGCUACCGGCAUCGCUAUUAUUGCAAUCUAACUCAAUCAGUUUAUUAAAUCCAGAUGCACCGGAAUGGAUACCAGCCUCAUCAAUGGAGGACCUAAAUGAAUUAUCAGAAAAUACUACGCCUGAUAUAACUGUGGACCAGGAAAAUUUUCCAGAAUUGAAAUCAACGAAUGAGCUAGUUCGAACUGAUCUUGUUAACCAAAAGAAUUAUCAGACAAUAGACGAAGAAAGUUCAACAAUAUCAGAUCAUGAAAAAGAAAUACUUAUCACGAGCAAUACGUCUCCAGUUGAUCAACUCUUGCCAUCUACAUCCUCCUCAUCUAGUCAAGAAUCUACUUCAUUAGUCAAACAUGUAAAUACAAAUCAAAAUUCUCAAUUGCAAAAUCAUAUAAAGUCAUCGCGCACAAUCAGUUACUCAAAUAUCAUUGCUGCUCAAACUUCUCAAAGUAAUCAACAACAACCUCGCAAAUCGACAUUUAAUAAAACAAAGGUGAAUAACAAUAGUAAUAACAACAAUUAUCGCCGACAGCCACAACAUUUUGCUUUACCUCCUCGAGAUCGUCAACAGCAACGUUUUGGACCGUCAAAUCCGAACAACAAAAACAAGAACGAUAGCAGUCGUCGAUUAAUCAAUAAUAUAAAACAUGAAAAAGAAAAUGUUGUGCAAAAUCUACCAGAUGAUUGGAUUGAAGUACGAUCAAAAAGUAAGAAAAAAUUUGAUCGAACUGGUUCAACUACAGAAGAUAUAUGGAAGAUGGACGAUGACCAAUCAAAACAACGAAGUACGCCCGCUAAAACAUCCGACAUUUCUAAAUCGUCACCUCCUACGCAAACAAAACAAGAAGAAUCACCUCUACUGGUGUCAACCCAACAGAAUAAUACUGUAAUGAUAACCAAAACCUCAAUAAAAUCAAGUGAUGAGGAAAAAUCUGUUUCCCCGUCUCGUUCACCAAAUACAACAUCCGAAGAUGAACAAGAACAGAAUGAAAUAGAGAUAGUUGUAGAAAACGGUGAGAAAGAAGAAAGUGAACAAGAAGAAAUUAACGAAGAUACGACAAUCAUUGAUUAUGAUCGUCAAACUAUUCAGAAUGUUAAAAGAAUGCUGGAAAAUGGAGAUAAAUUAUUUAUCCUUAUGAGAGGUUGUCCAGGUUCUGGGAAAUCGACGUUAGCCAAAAAUCUGCUCAACGGUCUUGACGGUGUUAUUUUAUCGACAGAUGAAUAUUUUAACACCUUAGAAUCAAUAAAAAAUAAUAUAACACCAAUUAUUAUUGAUAAUACAAACACAACAUCAUGGGAAAUGAAACCAUAUGCGACAAUGGCUAAAGAAGCUGGUUAUAACAUAUUGAUUAUUGAACCGCAUACCCCAUGGAAAUAUAAAGCAAGAGAAUUAUUCAAACGUAAUGCUCACAAUGUUCCAUUACGUCGCAUAAAAGAUAUGCUUAUGCGCUUCGAACAUAACAUAAGUGUUAAGUCGUUACUUGAACCGACUUUAUCAACUAUGACUACAACAAUUACUCAAUCACAGCAGCAAUUGCAACUUUCACUACCACAACGAACAUUUAUUCAACGAAAUUAUUCAUCACCGAUGACAACCACGACCACUACCACAUUGAUUAACAUUGCUGAAACAAUUCCUUCUCAGGAAGUGAUUUUAAACGACGUUAAAUCAUGUAUUGACGAUAUGAUUUUGUUUAUAACAUCAAAUUUUUAUCAGGCAAUUGUUUUCGAAGAGAUUGAGAAAUCUGUUUUAUUGUCUAUUGCUUACUAUUGGCAAUCAUGGUUAUUCUCGUUUGAAGUCUGUAUCACAAUUUUUGGCUUACCACUGUCUUUUACUAUUGUAGCAUCGACUGCACCGUGUACGUCGCCUACAUCCACUGCUCCAUCACCGUCUCAACCGACCUCACCUCAAAUGUGUAGUAUAUCAUUUUAUGAUUAUCCAUUGAACAGCACAACUCCAACAUCACUUUUAAGCAAUCCUCUUACACCUCAUCAUCGUUUUCAUCGUUCAUUAUCAUCUCGAUUUUCAACAUCUGCCACAACUGUAGCAACCUCUGUUCAAGAUGGAGAACAUAUUCUAAGACUGCCAUCGACAACAUUUCCAAGAUGUGAUCCAUUGCCAUCAAAAACGAAGAAAAAAAAUAAAAAUAAGAGAAGUGUCGCAACAAUUAAUGAAAACAUAAAUAACAAUAAUAACAAUGUUGACUUGCCACAAAUCAAAUUAAAACAGAUCUCUGUUCCACAACCACACUAUGAGGUAUUCAUGGAAGAAGAUUUUGUUGAUCGGUGUUUGGUGAUCGAUGAAACGAUUCAACAUACAGAAGAAGAUAAAAGUAAAAAUACCAUCACAAACAAUAGCUGGCUGAAUAAUCUAUUACAACAUGGCGUGCAAACAAAUGCACAGAUAAGGAUUAGUAUAUCUGUUAAUAAUAUAGCAAUAUCAGAAUUGAAUUCGAUGUCUUCUUUAUUUAGUGACAAUUCCUCAUUGUUACUAUCAGACGGUUCUUCGGUAGCGAUAGCCUCCUCAUCUAACGAUGCUUGCUUAAAGACUGCCCAUCCAUUUGCCUCAUACGAACGUGGUACUCAACUUGAUUUAUUAGACGAAAAUGAUGAUUCUCUAUCUUAUUUGAAUUCUUUAUAUUCAUCUAAGAUUAGUUCUGAACUUAUUUCACAGUUUUAUAAAUUAUGCAUGUGUGAUUUGCAACGGACUAAGUCUCAGUUAGACAAAUAUCUACUACACCUACAUCCGCACAUGACACAAUCACCAAUAUCAAGUUAUAGAGAAGAAAAUUAUGAUUCUUUUAUUGAAACACAUACAAACAAACAACAAAAGCAAAAACGACAAUGUUAUAAUGAAAUAUCCUCAUUAAAACAAUAUUGUCUUGACGUGUUAAAUGAAUGGAAUUUGUUCAUCAAAGAUAUAAAUGAUGAUGAUCGAUCACUUAUUGAUUAUUUUGACGAAUUAAUUGUGACUAAUGAUGCUAGUAAUUUGAGUACAGAUCAAGAAUACACAAAAUAUCUUAUAAUACCAGAAAAAAUCAUUGAUAGCAUGAAAAAAACAUACGGUGAAUUGCUAGAAGAUCAAUCAUUGUCAACACGCUAUUGGACGACAGUAGAAAAUAAUUGUCAUGAUGAAAUUCUACUUUCAAUUGAUAAUGAUUUAGCUAUCACAUUGUAUCAAACUAUACAAAAACAUAUAUUGAAUGCAAAUAACGCAACAGCUUUAAUAAAUGUCAAUCAUAAGCAACAACAACAACAAAACAAUUCAAAAACUGCAGAAAAAUUACUUCAAAAAAACCAGCUAAGCCAAGAAAAUAGUCGAUGGUACAAUAUUAAUACAAUCGAUAAUGGACUGGAAGAAAACAUGAAAACGAGCCAUACUGAUGCACAGUCUCUUAAACGAAUAAUAAUCGAUGAAAAACGGACUGAAAAACACAGUCAGUUGAAACAUCGUUCAUCAUAUGAAUUAGAUGAUGCAUCAGAAUUAAAAUUAAAAUGUCUUGAAAUAGAGUUUCCUCAGUAUUCACGCGAUUUAAUCUAUCAGUUAUUUGAUGAAAAUGAAUUUAAUUAUGAAUUAACAUUGGCUUCUAUUACUUCGAUGUUAAAUAAAAAUAUUUCAUCUCAAUCAUAUGUUUCCGCAUUACAAAUGCAACCAAUCACUAAAACUUAUUCAGAAUUAAGAUUCGAUGCAUUGAAACAUGGACAAAUACGAAAACAAAUGUAUAAAAAAGCAUAUGAAGCAAUUAAAUAUGGUGAGUUUGGAAGUAUGACUGGCGUAGCUUCCUUUUACAUCGAUAAAGCAAAUGACCAUUUUAAACUAAUGAAACAUUCGAAUCAAAAUGCCUAUGAAAAAUUAUCCGAAUAUCGUCGUGAACGAUUUAUUCAAACACAACAGCUCAAUUUACAUGGAUUUUAUUGUAAUGAAGCAUUACAUCUAGUACAAAGUAUUAUUCAAGAGAGUAUUAGUAGUAGUGACAGCAAAAAAAAUGAAUUUGAAAUUAUAACUGAUCGAAAUAAAAAUUCGUCGAACGGUGACGAUAAUGGAAAAAUAAGAACGACAAUCAUUAAUUAUUUAAAACUGAAUAACUACAGAAUUAUGAAAGAAUUUAAAGAAGUUGUCGAUAGUAAAGAGGUUGCUCAAUGUGGUAUUAAAAUUGAUGGUUUAGAGGAAAUAACAACAAAUUUAAAUGCCUACAUAAGUAGUGGUAAAGCACUUAAUUUAAGAGGUGAAAUUGAUGGUCCACCAGAUACACCAUAUACUGGAGCCAAAUAUCAUUUGGAAAUAUUUGUAUCGGAUACAUAUCCAUUUAAUCCACCAAAGGUACGUUUUGUUACAAAAAUUUGGCAUCCAAAUAUUAGCAGUGUUACAGGAGCAAUUUGUUUGGAUAUAUUGAAAGAUCAAUGGGCUGCAGCAAUGACACUACGUACGGUAUUAUUGAGUUUACAAGCGUUAUUAGCUACUCCUGAACCAGAUGAUCCACAAGAUGCCGUAGUUGCAAAUCAAUAUAAAAAAGAUCGAAAGCUAUUUGAAAAAACUGCUCGACAUUGGGCAAAUAUUUAUGCCGAAGGACCAACUCGGGAACCAGAAUGUGAUGCAGCCGUUCAACAAUUAGCAGAUAUGGGAUUUUCUGAAGAAAAAGCGCGUUCCGCAUUAAGUACAAUGCAUUGGAGUGUUAGUGAUGCUUUGGAAAAUUUGUGUAAAAGUUAG